AUGGAGGAAAUCAUGAGAUGUAUCGAGUUUCCAGUUGACAACAUCUUCAUCAAGCUUGGUGCUAAGUUCUUCGAACAGACUAUCGGCACACUUUUGAACACAAAUCAAAUCAACAUUGUUAACUAUAUCAAAAAGAGGACAACUACCAACUGCAACCACCAACUCCAAGACAACUACCAACUCCAACCACCAACUCCAAGACAACCACCAACUAUAACCACCAACUCCAAGACAACCACCAACUCCAAGACAACCAUCAACUCCAAGACAACCAUCAACUCCAAGACAACCACCUACUCCAAGAGAACCACCUACUCCAAGACAUCCACCAACUCCAAGACAACCAUCAACUCCAAGACAUCCACCAACUCCAACCACCAACUCCAAGACAACCAUCUACGCCAAGACAACCACCUACUCCAAGACAACCACCAACUCCAAGACAACCACCAACUCCAAGACAACCACCAACUCCAACCACCAACUCCGAGACAACUACCAACUCCAACCACCAACUCCAAGACAACCAUCUACGCCAAGACAACCACCUACUCCAAGACAACCACCUACUCCAAGACAUCCACCAAUUCCAAGACAACCACCACAAACUCCAACCACCAACUCCAAGACAACCAUCUACGCCAAGACAACCACCUACUCCAAGACAUCCACCAACUCCAAGACAACCACCAACUCCAACCACCAACUCCAAGACAACCACCAACUCCAACCACCAACUCCAAGACAACCAUCUACGCCAAGACAACCACCUACUCCAAGACAAUCACCAACUCCAAGACAACCAUCAACUCCAAGACAACCACCUUCUCCAAGACAACCACCUACUCCAAGACAACCACCAACUCCAAGACAACCACCAACUCCAACCACCAACUCCAAGACAACCAUCUACGCCAAGACAACCACCUACUCCAAGGCAAUCACCAACUCCAAGACAACCACCAACUCCAACCACCAACUCCAACCACCAAUUCCAACCACCAAUUCAAGACAUCCACCUACUCCAACCACCAACUCCAAGACAUCCACCAACUCCAACCAUCAACUCCUAGACAACCACCAACUCCAACCACCAAUUCCAACCACCAAUUCAAGACAUCCACCUACUCCAACCACCAACUCCAAGACAUCCACCAACUCCAACCAUCAACUCCUAGACAACCACCAACUCCAAAACAACCACCAACUCCAAGACAACCACCAACUUCAAUCACCAACUCCAAGACAACUACCAACUCCAACCACCAACUCCAAGACAACCAUCUACGCCAAGACAACCACCUACUCCAAGACAACCACCUACUCCAAGACAUCCACCAAUUCCAAGACAACCACCACAAACUCCAACCACCAACUCCAAGACAACCAUCUACGCCAAGACAACCACCUACUCCAAGACAAUCACCAACUCCAAGACAACCACCAACUCCAACCACCAACUCCAACCACCAAUUCAAGACAUCCACCAACUCCAACCAUCAACUCCUAGACAACCACCAACUCCAAGACAACCACCAACUUCAAAACAACCACCAACUCCAACCAUCAACUCCUAGACAACCACCAUCUCCAAGACAACCACCAACUCCAAAACAACCAUCAACUCCAACCACCAACACCAAGUCAUCCACCAACUCCAACCACCAACUCCAAGACAACCAUCAACUCCAAGACAACCAUCAACUCCAAGACAUCCACCAACUUUAA